UAGUCGUGUAAUUCAAAACCCUGGAAGACUUCUGCAGUGCUUGUUCUACUUCAGUAUACCAUGAAUGCAGGAUGCAGCCAGUCAUAUAAAGGAUUCUCUUCUUCACAGAAUGGAAGAAAGACGUGAAGUACAAACCUGAAUGCAACCUGAAAGAUCCAGUAGAUGAGCCUGUGACAUCCUGUGCCAGUGCCCAGGGAUACCACAUACACCAGCUGUGUGUAUUCAGAUCUGGACAACACUGAUUAAGACAACCAAAAAUUUCUUCUCUCCCAGUUGUCACAAAAAAAUACGUGGGCAAGCUGAAUGUCAGGAUGCAAGUCAUUACUAUUAUAAUACUACUUCUUCUUUGUAAAGCAUCUGACUUUAGGAAGACAAGGAAUAGGAAUCUGAGAAAGAAUGAAAAGGAAAACAUCGUAAGAAGAGCGUCUAGCACCGUUAAGCGCAACGCCCAAGCCCAACCAUGUGAUAUAUAUGUUUACCUUCAUGAGAAAUAUCUAGAUUGUCAGGAAAGAAAAUUGGUUUUUGUGGCACCUGAUUGGCCCGAGGAUUUGAAGCACAUGCUGCUAGCAAGAAACAGGAUUCGUAAAUUGAAGAAUAAUAUGUUUUCUAAAUAUAAAGUAUUGAAAAGUCUGGAUUUACAGCAGAAUGACAUAUCAAAAAUUGAGAGCCAGGCUUUCUUUGGUUUGAAUAAACUUACCACACUCCUACUCCAGCAUAACCAAAUUAAGAGUUUAUCUGAGGAGAUUUUUAUUUAUACACCCAGUCUAAACUAUCUUCGUCUUUAUGAUAAUCCCUGGCAUUGCAAUUGUGAACUAGAAACUCUUGUUACAAUGCUACAGGUUCCAACAAACAGAAAUUUGGGAAACUAUGCCAAGUGUUCGUACCCAAUAGAACUGAAAAAUCAGAAGCUAAAACAGAUAAAAGCUGAACAGCUGUGUAGUGAAGAGGACAGGCAAGAUCCCCGAAACAUGAAGCAGAAGCCUGAAGCUACCAAACCAGAAUUUGAUUCUUCUUUGUGCCACAUGUAUGUGUUUCCUGUACCAACUCUGAACUGCAAGAGAAAAGAUUUAAAGAAAGUUCCUGGUAACAUACCUCCAGAUAUAGUUAAACUUGAUUUGUCCAACAACAAAAUUAAACAACUGCGACCCAAAGAGUUUGAAGACAUCAGUGAACUGAAGAUAUUAAACCUGAACAGUAAUGGAAUAACAUACAUUGAUCCUGCUGCUUUCUCAGGGCUCAAUAACUUAGAAGAGCUGGAUCUAUCUAACAACAGCUUGCAGAAUUUUGAAUAUGGAGUAUUGGAAGACCUUUACUUUCUGAAAGUUCUGUGGCUGAGAGAGAAUCCUUGGAGAUGUGAUUACAACAUUCAUUAUCUUUUCUACUGGCUGAAGCAUCACUACAACGUCCACUACAAUGGCCUAGAAUGCAAAAUGCCUGAGGAAUACAAAGGCUGGUCUGUUGGAAAAUAUGUUCGGAGUUAUUACGAGGAGUGUCCAAAAGACAAGCUGCCCAUUUAUCCAGAAACUUUUGACCUGGACAAAGACGAUGAGGAAUGGGAACGACACAAAGAAAAGUCAGUUCAAACAGUUAAAAAGCACAGUGUAAUCGUCACUGUGCUAGGCUAAUAAGGAAACCCUGUUUUUUUUUUUUAAAGUAAAUUCGAAUAUUUGGUACUCUGGCAAAAAAAGGAACCCAACACACUGUUUACAUUUUUGUUAAUUAUACAGAUUGCAAGACUAUUUACCUACAAGGAUUUCUGUUUAAUGCAGUAAAUAAGUACAGAAUGGCAUUAGUUACACAGAAUCCUUCAAUAAGUAGUUGUUUCUGACAGUUUGUUCUGCGCUCUCUUGUGAAAUUUUCUGCUAGAAAUUCAAAACUAUGCAUUAUAAAUAGAUAGACAUGAAUGUAGACAUGUGGGGAGGAGCUGUGCAUGAACAUUAUAUAUGAAUGCAGGUUAUGUGUUGACAUGGAGUCGCUGCAGGAUUGUGACCAACACUCAACUUUCUUGAAUGCAUUGCCAGUUCUUUGUAUCUAUCAGUUUCCUAAAAUAUUUCCAGAAAACA